CAGCUGCAGCCUCGCUUCAGUGCCCGGUGCCAGCUGGCUCAUUUGUCUGGGACGGAGGUGGAGGUUUGGGGCUCCUUGCCGCAGGGGGGGCUCCCCCCCACGCCCCCUGCCCUCUACGCACCUAAAAGGAGCUUCUCCACCCCGCCCGUUGCCCUGGCGGCGGGUCCAGCUAGGAAUUACCCUGGUCACUUCGCCUGGGGCUUCCAGCCCACGCCCUUCUAGGAGCAUUCGGGGUCUCGCUGAGGGUCUCCCCCCGCCCCAGCCUUUCGCUAGAGCCCGCAGGGCUGUGCGAGCUUGAGCAGGAACAUGAAGGUGGGCUGGCCAGGUGAGAGCCGCUGGCAGGUGGGCCUGGCUGUGGACGACACCCCCUCUCUAGGAGCGGCACAGGUGGGAGGCCUCCCGGACGUGGUGCCGGAGGGGACCCUGUUCAACAUGGUGCUGAAGAGGGUGCACCGUCCCCGAAGCUGUUCUUACCAGCUGCUGCUGGAGCACCAGCGUCCCAGCCGCAUCCAGGGGCUCCGCUGGACACCACUCACCGACAGUGAGGAGUCCCUGGAUUUCAGCGUGAGCCUGGAGCAGGCGUCCACGGAGCGGGUGCUCAGGGCUGGGAAGCAGCUGCAUCGACAUCUCCUCGCCACCUGCCCAACCCUUAUCCGAGACCGGAAGUACCACCUUCGGCUCUAUCGGCAAUGCUGCUCCGGCCGGGAGCUGGUGGAUGGCAUUUUGGCCCUGGGCCUUGGGGUCCAGUCCCGGAGCCAAGCUGUGGGAAUCUGCCAGGUGCUGCUGGAUGAAGGUGCCCUUUACCAUGUGAAACACGACUGGACCUUCCAGGACCGAGAUACCCAGUUCUACCGUUUCCCCGGGCCGGAGCCAGAGACCACAGGUGUCCGGGAGCUGGAAGAGGAGCUGGUGGAGGCCGUGGCCCUGCUGUCCCAGCGGGGGCCUGACGCCCUGCUCACUGUGGCCCUCCGCAAGCCCCCGGGUCAGCGCACAGACGAGGAGCUGGACCUCAUCUUUGAGGAGCUCCUGCACAUCAAGGCUGUGGCCCACCUGUCAAACUCGGUAAAGCGGGAAUUAGCAGCAGUUCUUCUCUUUGAACCACACAGCAAAGCGGGGACUGUGUUGUUCAGCCAGGGAGACAAGGGCACCUCGUGGUACAUUAUCUGGAAAGGAUCUGUCAAUGUGGUGACCCAUGGCAAGGGGCUGGUGACCACACUGCACGAGGGAGAUGACUUUGGACAGCUGGCACUGGUCAACGACGCACCCCGGGCAGCCACCAUCAUCCUGAGAGAAGACAACUGUCAUUUUCUCCGCGUGGACAAGCAGGACUUCAACCGUAUCAUCAAGGAUGUGGAGGCGAAGACCAUGAGGCUAGAAGAACAUGGCAAAGUGGUGUUGGUCCUGGAGAGAGCCUCUCAGGGAGCUGGUCCUUCUCGCCCUCCAACCCCAGGCAGGAACCGGUAUACUGUGAUGUCUGGCACCCCAGAGAAGAUCCUAGAACUACUGUUAGAGGCCAUGCGACCUGAUUCCAGCACUCAUGACCCAACAGAGACUUUCCUCAGUGACUUCCUCCUGACCUACAGCGUCUUCAUGCCCAGUGCCCAGCUCUGUGCUGCCCUGCUUCACCACUUCCACGCGGAGCCCUCAGGGGGCAGCGAGCAGGAGAACAGCACCUACAUCUGUAACAAGAGGCAGCAGAUCCUGCGGCUUGUCAGCCAGUGGAUGGCCCUCUAUGGUCCCAUGCUCCACGCGGACCCGGUGGCCACCAGCUUUCUCCAGAAACUCUCAGACCUGGUGAGCAGAGACACGCGGCUUUGCCUCCUGCUGCGGGAGCAGUGGCCGGAGAGGCGGCGACACCACAGGUUGGAAAAUGGCUGUGGGAAUGCAUCUCCUCAGAUGAAGACCAGGAACAUGCCCGUUUGGCUCCCCGGCCAGGACCAGCCCCUCCCCAGCAGGAACUGUGCCAUUCGAGCUGGGGACAAAGUCCCCUAUGACAUUUGCCGACCGGACCACUCCGUGCUGACCCUGAAGCUGCCUGUGACGGCCUCUGUGAGAGAGGUGAUGGCAGCAUUGGCCCAGGAGGAUGGCUGGACCAAGGGGCAGGUGCUGGUGAAGGUCAACUCUGCAGGUGAUGCCAUUGGCCUGCAGCCAGAGGCCCGUGGUGUGGCCACAUCCCUGGGACUCAAUGAGCGGCUCUUUGUUGUCAACCCACAGGAAGUGCAUGAGCUGACCCCACACCCCGAGCAGCUGGGGCCUACUAUAGGCUCUGCGGAGGGGCUGGACCUGGUGAGUGCCAAGGACCUGGCGGGCCAGCUGACAGACCACGACUGGAGCCUCUUCAACAGUAUCCACCAGGUAGAGCUGAUCCACUACGUGCUGGGCCCCCAGCACCUGCGGGACGUCACCACGGCCAACCUGGAGCGUUUCAUGCGCCGCUUCAAUGAGCUCCAGUAUUGGGUGGCCACGGAGCUGUGUCUCUGCCCUGUGCCGGGCCUGCGGGCCCAGCUGCUCAGGAAGUUCAUCAAGCUGGCCGCCCACCUCAAGGAGCAAAAGAAUCUCAAUUCCUUCUUUGCUGUCAUGUUUGGCCUCAGCAACUCGGCCAUCAGCCGCCUGGCCCACACCUGGGAGCGGCUGCCCCACAAAGUUCGGAAGCUGUACUCGGCCCUCGAGAGGUUGCUGGACCCUUCGUGGAACCACCGAGUCUAUCGCUUGGCCCUCACCAAGCUCUCCCCUCCCAUCAUCCCCUUCAUGCCUCUUCUUCUCAAAGACAUGACCUUCAUCCAUGAAGGAAACCACACACUGGUAGAGAAUCUCAUCAACUUUGAAAAGAUGAGAAUGAUGGCCAGAGCCGUGCGGAUGUUGCAACACUGCCGAAGCCACAGCAAUGUGCCACUGUCGCCACUCAGAAGCCGUGUAUCCCACCUCCACGAGGACAGCCAGGUGGCGAGGAUGUCCACGUGCUCCGAGCAGUCCCUGAGCACCCGCAGUCCAGCCAGUCCCUGGGCUUAUGUCCAGCAGCUGAAGGUCAUCGACAACCAGCGGGAACUGUCCCGCCUCUCCCGGGAGCUGGAGCCGUGAUGCAGCUGGGGCUGGAGCAGGCACUUCCCGUCAGGAAAGCCAGGGCCCGCCCGGGGCCAGGAGGCCCGCAGGCCGGCGGCAGCUGGGCAGGGCUCUCCCGAGUGGACUCACGGCCCUGGAGUGGGCGGCAUGGAGGCGGCUGUCCCCUGUGAUGACAGACGGCCAAGGAGGACCUCGGAGUGGAAUGAGCCGGGGCCCAAGGCUAAGGAAUGGGGGGCAGAGAGGCCCUGGAGUGGGCAGGAGAGCAGAGCAGGCGCUGGAACUUGGUUCAAUAGAAAGCUCUCCACACCACGUUUUUCCCAGAUUCUGUGCGUCUGUGGCUUUGUCCUCAGGCCAUCUCCAGGCACUUUAUUUUCAUGGUGGACAGAGGGAGCAGGUCCCAUCUUUGUGGCGGGUGUGCAGGCGGGGGCAGGGCAGGUGUGGCCGGGUGAGGGGUGAGGGAGGAGGGCCCCUGCUGGUCUUCCCAGAGCUCAGGAACAGGAGAUAAACAGUCGGGUGUGGCAGGGCCUGUUUGUAAGGGAGGGGUGGCCCCUGAGGAGCCUUACCGUUAACAGAAAUGACCGGGGAUGCUGUGUUCUGAGGCCAGCCCUGUGGGGUGUGUCAGUGAAGGCCGAAACCCUCCCAACCCCAAGAGCUGGGGAGGAGGUGUUGUCUCUGGAGUGGACCCAGGGAGGCUGACAAGCGUUCCCACUGCUGUAGGGGUCUCUGGGAACCAGGCGGAGCACCAAGACCGCUGACGGCCGGCCCCUGGCCGCAGCAGCUGCUGGGGCCUGGAGCCCCCAUCAGUGGCCAGCAGGGGUGACCCUCGGUUCUCCACUGUGGCCUGAGAGCUCCACUACAGACCAGCCGCCACUGGCUCCUUCCACCCUCCCCUCCUGGCUGCACUUGCUGUCCCUCUGCCUGCAGCACGCCUCAGCCUGGUGGGUGGUCCUCUCCACAAACCCAAGGCCUCUAAGAAAUGGCCACUUUGUGGCCGGUGAGAGAAAGAGCACUGAGGCGGAGGCCUCUGAGGGGAGACAUCCCUUUUCGAGGCCUCGCAGGCUCCCAGGAAAUCCAGUUUCUUGAGAAUGGUCCCAGCCAGCUCUGCCCACUUUCAGUUCUCCCUCCCCUGCCCCUUCAGCACUCCUGUCCCACCCAGGGAGCUCCUCUGAAGAAGUCCCAGGCAGAGCUUCCCUUCUCUCUCAGCUUCCUAUGGCCCUGAACCUGGUAGGGGAAGGUGCACUGUCUGGUCUAGAGAGAGGGAGACCUCUUGGUCUUGGGGAAUGACCUCAGAGUAGGCAUUGAGCAGCAGGGCCUGAGGGCUUCUGGAGGAAGUGGGCUCCUUCCUGGAGGCUAAGGAGGCAGCUGGUGUGACCCCGUACCGCCUCAAGUCCACCUCCUCUAACCCCUGCUUUGCCAGACCUCUUAUCCCAGUGGUCAGGGACACACAUGCAAACUGUUCCCAGCGGGAAUUAGAGCCUUUUGCAGGAAGCAGCACAGCUGGGAUUACACCUCAGGUUUCUGAGAGAAUCCCAGCAAGUUAAGGAACAGUUCCCUGCCUCCAUUUCUCUAUCUGUAAAAUGGGUAUGAUGAUCUCAGUCCAGCCCUUAGUGACCAGUUGAACCAUAGCUCGGCCUCCAGAGCCACGGAGACAGCCUUGGCAGUCUGGUGUCCUCGGCCUGUCCGGGUGGGUAGAGAGCACCCAAACCCACCCUUGAGUGAAGCUGGGCAGAACCCACUCCUCCAGGGAGAGCCUGAGUAGAGCAGAUGACAGGGUAACCAAGCCAGUUCCCUUGCCUAUGUGGGUGGAGAUGCAGGACCACGGGGCACGGAAGCUUCCAGAGCUGAGCAAUCAUGACAUGAGGCCCAAGCCUUGGUGAGUCAGGACUCCCAGGGGUUCUCUUCCGUCUGAAACCCAUUGUCUGAUGAGGUUUUGGCUGAGAGCAGACCAGCCCGCCGGCCAUAGCCCUUCACCAUCGUUUCAGACUCCAGAGUGAGACAUGCCUUCCAACAAUAAAAUGGAAGCCAAGCGUGGUCAGGACCGGUA